AUGGACUCGACGGCCGGCACCGAAGAGUCCAGCGCCGCUGCAAAUGGCGGGACCCCACGUACCUCCACAGCAGCCGCUGCUGCGGCGACAUCCCACCCGGAGUUCGACGUCAACCAGCUCCAGGGCCUACCGACAGAGCAGCAGGAACUGGUACUCCUGAACUUUGUAUCGACCCUGAGCAAACAUGUUCUUAGCCUUGAACCGGAUGACUGCACGGCGCAGCAGUUCUACCUCAAGAAGGAAAUCUUCAAGCUCAUCAACCUUCCGUCCCCAGCCCCGACGCGGGUCAUACGGAACACGUUGGGAAGAUGCCUGGCGCACAUAUUUGGCAAUGGCGAUCGCAAACUACUCUUCGAGACGGUUAAUGACUUGGCUAAUAUCAUCUCGAGCGGCAAGCCGAAGAGCGAAAGUGAGAGCCGGAUACGGCACGCCGCUGUGACUUGCUUGGGUGAUGUUUAUGCUGCCGCCGGCGACAGCGCUAUCAACCUGCACCAGCUCGCCUCCUCAGCAUUGUUGAAGCUCCUCAAGUCUUCCUCCAGUAAUGCUGGUCUCCGUGCAUCUAUUUUCACGGCGCUUGGCAAGAUGGUCAAGAUGCUGGGCCCUAGCCUAGACGAAAGCAUCGCCAGGGACAUUUGGAAGCAAGGACGGAGCUAUGCUACCAGCGACAAGGGGUCGUUGGUUAUUAUUGCAGCAUGCCGUUGCUUGCGAUGGCUCGUACAUGCUACCCCUUACUUCCAGACAUCCCAUGACUUCGAUAAACUACAAACUUGCGUCUUUAAGGUCUUCGACUCGCCCUCCUCGCAAGUGCGUUCGGCAGCCGCGGACUGCUUCGCAGAAGCAUUGGUACGAGUAUAUUCAGAAUCCCCCGUAAUCGAAGCGCCUGUGGCCAUGCUCAAGCGAUCGAAAUCCAAGGCGGCAAAGCGACAGUCGGUGCAGGCAGGUUCGUUGCAAGAUGACGAAGACCUUCCUUCGCGCCCAGGAAGUCCUGCUCCUGGCAAAAAGUCCCAAAUCUUGACCUUGCCGCUGGUCGACAUGCUCAAGACCCUAUCGACACAAUAUGUGCGCAUGUCUACCACCAACAGGUCUCGGGCAGCCAUCGCUGUUUGCUAUGGAAGUAUGUUCCGUAUGCUGGGAGAGCGGACGAUUGAGGCCAAUUACACACGCAUCGUUGAGCACCUAACCGUGGAGAUCUUGAGUCAUAGCAACAUUGCAAAUAACCGCUACCGUUUGUUGAUUUCUCGGCGGAUGGUCGAGAUCAUUGUUCACGAUAUCAUUGGCAAGAGGAUCCUGGGAGAGUCAGGCCAGAUUAAUGCGGCAAAGGCCCUGAUCAACGAUGUGCUCAAGAACUACCCGCAGGUACUCAAGGAAAAGCCUGAGCCUAGCAAGCAAACGCUGGUCGUGGCCCUUGGUGCCCUAUCAUCCUUGAUCAAAACCCUCGGUUCGGCUACCAACAACUUUGCUGAUGCUUGUCGCGAUGGCCUCUUGCAGGUUCUCCAGCACCCAAGCUAUACGGUUCAGGUGUAUGCCUCGGCGUGUCUUAAGACAUUUGUGCUGGCGUGUCCCCAGCAGCUUCUACCUUGUCUUUCGAUUUGCAUGAACAGCCUCAGCCGAGAGUUGGGUCAGCUUGGAACGGGUCGAAGUUCUCCCCGACGGUGUAUCGGACUUGCCCAUGGUCUCGCUGCCGGCCUUAGCGCAAGCCCUCACCGGCCACUCUAUGGGUCGGUAGAUAUCAACAGCAGGGUGCUGAGCAUGUCCACCAAUUUGCUCAAGUCUAGCGGGAGCUCCGAACUGCGCGUGGCGAGUACUCAGAUUCAGGUUGCUUGGAUCCUGAUCGGUGGCCUCAUGUCACUAGGGCCGAAUUUUGUUAAGAUUCAUCUGUCACAGCUCCUUCUCCUCUGGAAAAAUGCUCUUCCCAAAGUCCUCGCAAAGGACAGCUCCAUCCAUAGGAACUAUCUGAACGCUUCUUUUCUGACGCAUGUUCGGGAGUGCGCUCUGAGCUCAAUCCUGGCCUUCCUGGAAUACAAUAGCCGUCUCCUGACGGUUGACGUCUGCAAACGGAUAGCUACCAUGUUGCAGAACACAACCGCCUUUUUGAAAACGCUCCCGUCCAAGAAAACUGCAGACGAUAUCAACGAGCGUUUGACGCCGUCCUUGCAGCUUCAGGACCUGGAGGUCAUGGUGCAACGCAGAGUUCUGCAAUGCUACACCAAACUUAUUAAUAUCAGCCCCCCUGGUGGCACUGAGGCACUCCUGCAGUCUAAUCUCCUGACAUUGGCCAUUUCACUAUUUGCAGACCCUGACAACUAUACACCGAGUUCUCUGAGCACUUCAAUCGCAAACUCCGCCGGCACCUUUGAGUCCAUUUGGGACAUUGGGGACAAUUCUGGGUUCGGAGUAACAGGGUUAGUUCGGGGUUUUAAUGUUAGGCCACUUCCAGGGCAGCAUGAAGGCAAUGGUGACCGCUCAGUUUCUGGCAAAGAGGAGCCCGAAGAGGAAAUCUCACGUUUGCUGCUUUCACCGAUCUGCGGUACCCUCGAGCACGAUGCGUCCAUCCUCUAUGUCGAUAACGGAAAUAUUCCCAGUCUUCCUGAUCCCGCCGCUACCGAGGUAGUUAAUCUGGCAAUUCAGCUGUUUGCUUUUGUCUUCCCUCUCACGCCGCCCAAAGUCCAGGAGAGUGUGCUGGAGCAGGUCACAACGUUUAUGGCAGCUGGAUCACUACAGCGCGAUCUUGGCCGUAAGGCUGCCAUCAACGUCAAUGUCGCCACGGCUCUUCUAUCCAUCCUGCGGGUGGCUGUGAAGGAAACCAAGUCCCCUCCGGGCGAUGUGACCAAUGCAGCUGUUGAGAAGCUCAUCCAGGAGUUGCUCCGUGACUUUGUCCUGGACCGGGACCCCUACGUUCGCAGCAUCGCCUACGAAGCUCUCGCUCGGCUCUGCAGCACUUGCGGAAAUGCCUUCACAAACCAAGAAAUCAAAUACCUUGUCGACACAAUCGUGGUUAAUCGCGAGCCCAGUGCAAGGGCAGGCUGUGCUAUGGCUUUGGGGACCAUCCAGGCCAAGAUUGGCAGCAUGGCAGCUACGUUCCAUAUGAAGACCAUUCUCAACAUUCUCAUGUCGCUUUGCAAUGAUCCUCAUCCCACUGUCCACUAUUGGGCUCUCGAAGCUAUUGCACGGGUUGCUGACGCUGCCGGGCUGAGCUUUGCGAACUACGUCUCGGCAACGCUUGGGAUGCUGGCCAAUCUUUACUUCUCCGAGACUCAUAAUCCCGAAGUGGCAUUACCUGCCACAAUGAACGUGGAGGUUGAGUCGUCAACUUCUGCCGCAAUAGCUCGCUGUGUGGACUCCCUGAUCAAUGUCCUGGGGCCAGAUCUCCAAGACUCUACAAAGUCACGAGAGCUCAUCUUCACUCUCGUUGGAUACUUCCAACAAGAGGAGGACACUGAGGUGCAAAAAGCCAGCCUUAUCUGUCUGGAGCACCUUUCCCUCUAUGCUCCGGGUUUCGUGCACUUCGUCGAGUAUGUGAAGACCCUUCAGCGAUUCCUGAGCUCAGAGCACAUCAUUUUGCGGGAUGUUGCUGUUGAUGGUCUACACAAUUUGAUGAAGCGGAACCCUUACGAUGUGAUACAGGCAGCAGACAAGGGUUUUGAGGAGCAGCUCUGGCUGGUUCUCGACUCCGAUCCUAGCCACGACGGCAUGCGCAACACAAUCCGGAAUUGGAUGCGGUCUACUUGCCUUACCAACACAGCUGAGUGGCUGGCACGCUUCCAGCAUGUGCUAAAGAUGACUAGACCAAAGGAAGCGGUAAAGGAGGUCGUUAAAACGAAUCAAGCCAGCUCCGGGGCGAUCGACCUCCGCGACGAGGAAGUGGCCGGCUUUGCUGCUGCGUCCAGCGGCGCCAAGGACGAAAAGGACACCCCGCAUCGUUCUGAGGUUGAACCGUUGAGAUGGCAGGUUUCCACUUUUGUGAUGGACUGCCUGAACGACAUCUUUAUGCUUGUCAACAAAGAUGUUGCUACCCACGGCGACUCACAGGCUCAGAUGGCCUUGCAGACCAAGAUUGCCGAUGUCGUCAGGAUGGCUUUCUCGGCAUCUACCGCAGGCGUGAUUGAGCAAAGAAUUUGGGGCCUAAAGAUCAUCGGCGCGGUCUUAAAGAUGUUUGGCAAUACUCCGGACCCCGAUUUUGAAGAGGCCAUGCUGCUUGAACAGUACCAGGCCCAGAUCAGCUCUGCGCUGACACCUGCGUUUGCGGCCGAUUCCUCGCCUGAACUUGCCGCUGAAGCAGUCAAUGUCUGCGCAACUUUCAUCGCGACAGGCAUUGUCACAGAUGUCGACAGAAUGGGCAGGAUUCUCAAAACUUUAGUCGGCUCGCUGGAGAACUUUGCUUCAGAGGAUGAGAAUGCUGGCAUUGGCGAACUGAAAGGAUUGAGUUCGAACGCCCGGGUCAUGGUCAAGAUGGCCAUAUUCAGCGCAUGGGCAGAACUCCAGGUUGCCAGCUCAGAGCAGAAGUAUCUCCAAGAUGUGCUCAAACCACACAUCGGCAAGCUGACGCCGUUAUGGCUAGAGUCACUGCGUGAAUUUGCCCGGUUGCGUUUCGAACCAGACAUUUCCAUGACCUUGGGCCCUCCAUCCAUGUCGGGUAGCCUGGACACGAUCUAUGCGGCCCUGAACAGGGAGACACAACUCAAGUUCUACCAGGACUCCUGGCUCAAACUCGUCGAUGCCAUUGCCAGCCUCAUCGAGCAGGAUAGCGAGUUCGUAUUUGAUGCACUUGACGGGAAGGAGGUCACUGGACCCAAUGCCAAUGGAAGCACAAAGGGAGCUGAUAUAAACUACCGUGACGAACCAGUUGCUUUUUUCUUUGUGCUGUUUGGCAUCGCCUUCGAGGCACUUGCGACGAAGUCCGAUCAAAACGAGAGUUUGGCGACUCAGGAGCAGACGCUCGAGAUUCUCAAUGCACUUAAGAAAAUCUUGCACCCGCAUGUAUCAGGCCAGGCGAUUUACCGUGAGGCCGUCUUCUCCGAGACGAUGGACCUCCUUGACCGCCUUGUGCUGACUGAAGGUCUUGAUGUCCAGACGGUCAUUGUCGAGAUUGCCAGGGCGCUCUGUCUCGCUCACCCGGCUGCUAGAAAGCAUGGCGACGCCGAGACCGGCGAGCUUACUGAAGACAUCGAGCAGCUUUUCGAGCUCACUCGUAUCAUUGUCCUGGUCCUGGCCGGUCUGAUUCCAAAUCUUAGUGAAAACUCACAGCCUGUCCGCCAGCACACGACCGAGGAGGCGAUCGUACUCAUCAAGACGGCUCUCAACGCUCUGGUCGACGCUGCCGAGGUUUUCCCUUCCAUCAUCCGGGCCGAUCUCUAUGCCUGCAUCAUUCAUAUCUUUGCCACGAUCCUUGCCAACCCAACAUGCCAGGAGGUUAUCGUACCACAAACCCUGCCGACCUUUAAGCGCUUCAUCACGGGCAUGUCCAACUCCCGACAGGCAGGGUCUGAGGAACAAGGCGUCCCCCAGACCGACGUGCAACUGCUGGGUUGCUUGCGCAGGUUCCUGUCGAUCUAUCUUCAUGCGCAGAAGCGUGAGGAGCCCACAUCCCUCACAUGCGUCAAGAACUGUCUUCUGGCAUGCACGAUCCUGUUCACUGCCGGACCCAACUACCUGCCUGCAUCAGAACCGCUUGUUGAGCGAUUUCUCGACGAGCUUCUUGACUGCUUGACUGACCGGAUGACCGCCAAAAUGGCAGCGAACUGUGCCCGCUCCCUGCUCUUACCCCAGUCUCCGACCGCAGCCGAUCAAUCCAUCGCACGCUACCUCAUCCCUCGCAUGAUCGCUUUCGCGACCAACACUGACCCCGAAGACCCCGAAUCAGCUCGCUCCCUCGUCGCGCAGACCCUCACGGCCUACGUCGCGACCGUGUCUGCGGAGCGUGCCCCCUUCGCCAUGGCGCUCGUCCUCCCCACCUUGCUCGCCCGCGCUGCAGGUGAGCGCAAGAACAGCGAUGGCAUUGGGGAGAGCAAUGUUGUGGAGGUGUACCGCGAGACGAGCGCGCGGCUACUGGAGCUGGCGUCGGCGCACCAGGGAGCCUUCCGUGGCGUUGUGGGAAGCAUGGGAGAGGCGCAGAGGGCGUUCUUGGAAGAGGUUAUUCGGGCUGGAAGACAGGCUGAGGCUGCUUCUGGGGCGAAUGUGGCUAGAGACGUGCCGGAAAGGCCGACUAUUGCGCUUAAGAUGGACUUUGGGGGUUGA